GAGGCACUUGAUGUCGAUGACAGGCUGGUGAAGGAGCUGCAAGGGGUUUAAGACUACCUUCUGCGGCGCCUCGCCAGCGUGAAUCCAUGCAGCAUCCGCGGCGUCCUCAAUACGGAAAACGGGCUCAUGCCGCUGCGCGCUCGACGCUUGUUGUUGGCGCUUCGGUACCUGGGGUAUCUCACAACUCUAUCGGACGACCCUCUCGCAAGGCUUGCUCUGGCGAAGUCCUUCCGUCUCGCCCGCAACAUGUUCCCUUGCUGGAUAACGGACCUGCAGCAUGUUCUCAAGUCCUACGUGCCCGCCCAGCAGCGAUUACUCGUGCGCUUGCACGACCGCCACAUUCUAGCUGGCCUGCAGACGGCGGUGGAACGCCCGGCAGACCGUCUCGCAGCGGCCCAGCUUCAGACGAUGUCGCGGCUGGAUCUUUGGAAUGCACACGCGUUGGGGAAGUGCCGAGGACAUGCUGCACUCAUGAAUUUGCGUGCGGGAUUUCUGCGCAGGCUGGACGAGCUUGGCUUGCAACGCGAGCCUCAUCCGGACGACCAUUGGGACUUGCGCCUCAUCUGGUGGCUGGCGGAACACAAGCGGGACGACGUGAGGACUUCAUGGGCGCACUUCGUGUACCGUGUUCUCGCAGUUUUUGAUGCCGUGCCGAUGUUCAUUGUUCCACGCUACAAGAAGAGAGUCGUCACGUAG